AUGCAUCACGUGCUCCCAUACCUCGCCCUCCUGGCAACUACAGCCUUGGCUCUCCCGGCCACAAAGCCAACAGACGACGGUUCCUGGUAUCCCAGCAAGUACGAGGGCGGCAGCAUUGGUUACGAUGAUGGAAAAUAUCAUCCUUCCUCCAAGCGCAAUGAUGAUGGCAGUUGGUACCCUGGAAAGUACGAAGGAUCUGGCACCGGCUACGAUGAUGGAAAAUAUCAUCCUUCCUCCAAGCGCAAUGAUGAUGGCAGUUGGUACCCUGGAAAGUACGAAGGACCUGGCACCGGCUACGAUGAUGGAAAAUAUCAUCCUUCCUCCAAGCGCAAUGAUGAUGGUAGUUGGUAUUCUGGAAAAUAUGAGGGAUCCGGAACAGGAUACGAUGAUGGAAAGUGGACGCCUGAGAAGUAUCCAUUAAAGCGCGACGAUGAUGGUAGUUGGCAUGCUGGAAAGUACGAGGGCUCUGGUACAGGCUAUUACGACGGGAAGUGGUCGGAGGGCAAGUAUGAGGAUGGUGAGACUGGCUACGAUGAUGGCCAGUAUCACGAUCGUGUUGAUGUUGAUGUUGGUAUUGUGAAUGGAAGCGAGUACGAGCAAGCGCGACAAGAAAAGAUAGCCAAGAACCAAGCUCUCCUCCAGCAACUGCAGCUCGACGCACAGCAAGCAGGCCUCGGCCCCAAGCGAGCCAAAGCAAAGCCCACCGCGAGCGCCGGCACCAAGCGGAAGAGGGAGGUAAAGAAGGAGAUCAAGGAAGAGGGACCGCGGCGAACGUCGUCGCGUUUGAGGGGAAUAGUGGCAGACUCGGAAGUGGCCCAUCAAAAAGCAGAAGCCGAGGCCGAAGCGUUCCAGCAGCAGCAGAUCGCAAAGAGACAGCGUGUCAGUGACGAUAUCGAUCUGAGGGAGGCGAUUGUCAAUGGCAAAAAUUGGGACCGAGCCGGAAAUUGGUUGUCGUUGGUGGGACCGGCCAACCCGGGGGAGAGGACGUUCGAUGCGCAGGAUAUCAAGGACACGAGUGAUGUGGAACUGAAGGCUCUGCGCGAACGGAUGAGUAGUCUACAGCUAUGGGAAGGCGCGGAACCCAGCAGGAUCAAAAUCACUCCCGAACGAAUCUAUGCCCUGGGCUUCCAUCCCACCGCGGACAAGGCUCUCGUGUUUGCCGGCGACAAACUCGGCAGUCUGGGUCUGUUCGAUGCCUCGCAGACUUCGCCCGAAAAGAUCAAACAGGAAGCCGAUGAUGCCGACGAAGACGGCGAUGAAGUCGACGAUGAGAUGGAACCCGCCAUCACGACGUUCAAAAUCCACACCCGCACCAUCAGCGCUUUCCAGUGUUCGCCACACGACCAAAACGCCAUCUAUUCCGCUUCCUACGACUCCUCAAUACGAAAACUCGAUCUUGGCAAAGCUUCCGCCAUUGAGGUUUAUGCCCCGGCAGACCGCAGCGAGGACCUUCCCCUCUCAGGUGUGCAAAUCGCGCACUCCGACCCCAACAUGCUCCAUUUCACCACGCUCGACGGCCGCUUCGGAAUGAAAGACAUUCGAACACCCGCCCACGAAGUCGUCGACCUCCUCCAGCUCUCGGAGAAGAAAAUCGGAGGAUUCUCUCUCCAUCCCGCCCACCCCCAUCUCCUGGCCACAGCAUCCUUGGAUCGCAUGCUCAAACUCUGGGACCUGCGAAAGAUUUCCGGCAAAGGCGAAAACCGUCUACCCCAUCUCAUCGGCGAACACGUGAGCAAACUCUCCGUCUCCCACGCAGCCUUCAAUUCCGCAGGACAAGUCGCCACCGCAUCCUACGACGACACGGUCAAAAUCUACGACUUUUCUGCUUCGGGCGAUUGGAAACCUGGAUAUGAAAUGGUGGGCGAUCAUGAAAUGCUUCCGACCACGAUUGUUCCGCACAAUAAUCAGACGGGUCGGUGGGUGACGAUUCUGCGAGCCCAGUGGCAGUUGCAACCGCAGGAUGGGAUUCAGCGAUUUGUGAUUGGGAAUAUGAAUCGUUUUGUGGAUGUGUAUACGGGAGAUGGGAAACAGCUGGCGCAGUUGGGAGGAGAUGGGAUUACGGCUGUGCCUGCUGUUGCGCAGUUUCAUCCUACGGAGGAUUGGAUUGCGGCGGGGACGGCGAGUGGGAAGUUGUGUUUGUGGCAAUGAUGAUAUGUAGUGAAGU